AUGAUUAAAAGACCCUCGAAAAAGGAUAGUGAAAAUGAGAUCCUUCGUAUGCAACAAGAGUUUUAUGCGGAGCAAAACCGAGACACGAAUUUCCAGCCUGCUGCCAAAGUGGUACGUAUGCAGCGGGAUGGAGAAAAGCCGGCUAGCACCGGAACUGCAAGGCAAUCGGAAUUUGCCAAGCGACGAGCAGAACGUCUUCAAGCCUCGGUCGUAUCCGAACCACUGGAUAACAUGUGCGCAGACGACGAACCUACAGAAGAGCCACCUGAAGAGCCGUCCAUAGAAUCGCUAGUUAUGGGAGAGGUCGUAGAACGUAAGCCGGAGAAGAAAUUCCACGAAGGUGUUGCAACGAUCGAAGGUUCUUUUCCCAAGACGCUACACAUUACGACAUACCCUGCAAAACCAAAGGCGAAUGUGCCGAAGAAAAGCAUUUUUGCGCAAAUGAUUACGAAGGAGAAAGUGACUUCAAAACCGAUAGAAUCACCAGAAAGUCAGAGCAAGAUCGAGUUUGAAGAAGCAACUGGAAGUGCACUACUGGAAGGAUGGGAUGCGACGGAAAUUCAUAAUGAAAACAUGCGUAAAUUGAAUCAAAUGUCGAUAGAGGAAAUUAACAUGGAAAGGACCCACCUGUUGAACACACUUGAUCCAAAGUUGGUAGAGUUUCUCAAAGCGCGCAAAAAGCCCGAAACUUCUGCAAAGGAGUCUUUGUCCGGGACCAGACAGGGUACACGGUUUUCCGAUCUUUCUCCAAUCGGUAUGGAAGUGCUGAAGGAAAAGGGAUCCGAGCAGUGGAUAAAUUUCGACGUAUUGGAACCGGAGAAGCUCGAGUGGACGAAAGAUAUCGAGCGCAGUGUGAAGGAACUUAAACCUGGCGAAUCGUAUGAAGCUCGUUUCGAUUGGAAAGGUAUUUUGCAGCCCUAUGUAGCAGAGCCUAAUCAUCAGCAGGCAGAUGACCGGGAGCUGUAUCUGCAUGGUGAGGAUGCCCAGCGUCCCGGGUACACACUACAAGAACUGUUCCGUUUAGCUCGUUCGAACGUACUACAGCAGCGUAUUUCCGCUCUUGGGGCCAUUGCUGGAAUGCUGAACAUAAUGAAUCAAGGCUUCUACGAUGGGGUACUGGAACUUCCCUUUUCGAAGGUGUUUUUCUUUCUCCGAUUUGCGCUCGAUGAAAACACACCAUCCGUGGUAGAAGUUGCCUCGCGUGCGCUGGCUAGUCUAUUCUACAACGAUACCGAUGAGAUUCUGCUUGAUAGCGUGUUUGAUUCGGAGUACGGUAUGUGGCAACCGGAACUGGCUCUAAACAUCACUCACAGCCACGAAGAACAACGUGGACAGCAGCAACAACAUCUGGAAACAGGUCUCGGAGCCAUGAACCUUACUGGUACAGCUUCUCGUCAACCACGUAAAGCACACUUCAAAGCCAACCUGCCCGACCCAAACGAUCCGGAUGAUGUGCACAAUCGCGAAACGAUGAACGAUUUCCAUCUGGCGGAGACGGAUCUUGUCGAGUGUUUGGCACGAACGAACAUUCUCGAGCGCAUCCGGUACAUUUUGUUCGCGAUGAAACCGGAAGGCGCUACCGUCAUUAAUUGCACUAAGAUGUUGAUUCGAUUGGCACGUACCAACGAGCAGAUGGCGCUAAAAAUUGCAACCAACGAAGCGCUAAUCGGCGGAUUGGUGAAAAACUAUCUCACCUCGAUCGAGAGCAGUGAUCUUGAGCAUCAACCACAGCACGUGGUGUUGAAGCUGGUACGCAUCCUGUGCGGAUAUAGUUGCAACUUCUACGACCAGCAUCUGAAUCGUUAUCAUGUGGCGAACCUCGUGAAGCGAUACAUCUUCAGUAGAAAGGAUAUCGAUGUAAACAUGAUUCAAAUACAAAUCGAAGCAUUCCGAUUCUUUCGUUUGCUGUUGCGGUUAUACAAGCCCGCUGCUGCAUUGUACAACGAUCUGCGACCCGCCCUGUGCUACCUGGUCGAGUGGCACUAUCAGCAUCUCAUUUUCGCCGAGGAUGGCCCAUUUAUCAUCCGCCAGCAUGCUGUCGCCUUGUUAGCCUUAAUUGGAUCCGGCCUGCAGCAGGAUGCAGAUGCAGCUUCCUGUGGUGCAGCAAGUGCGCUUUGCGAAAAGUUGUUCGCCUGCUCGUCGAAAUGGUUCACGGUGGCCGAACGUAGCGGUGCUAACGAGUUCUCCCAAAAGAUGCUGCUGGCGGCAUGUCUUUGGACGGUGGGCCGUGCUCAACAGGUGGUUGGGGCCCAAGCGCACGAGACGUUCCUGACGAAAUAUGUUACCCCAUUUGUUCGCAGCGCACGGUUCGGUGAAAUCAUCCAAACGCUAAGCUCAUCGUCACUAUUGCUGACGCACUUUGAAGACCGGUCCGAGUACGGGAUCGGUUCCUUACCAUCGUUGGGCGCUGUACAGGUGCGUCGUUACCAAACCGUCCCGACGCUAAUUGUGACGAGAAGCUAUCCCGUGUUCCUGCUCCAUGCGCUGCUACAUCUGACGCUGGACGAGCGAUAUACGUCGUUAAAGGAAGACAUUUUCGGUUGCGCUGCUCAUCGCCAUUACUUGCAGACACUGUGUGCACGGACUCGCAACCUCGGCACUGGCCAGAAGAGCAGUUUGAUUGGAAAUUGGUUUGUCCAAACGAUCGAACAGCGUUAUCUGCUCGACGUGUUGCAGCUGGUACUGGUUGAGAUUGGGAACGGGCGCGAAAAACGAGGCACUGAGUUAGAAGUGGAUAUCGGUAGUGAAGUGGCGGUUAGGACGAUUGCUCUUCAGCUAGCCUUCUUCCUUACGUUUUCGCUUAGCGAAGCGUUCUAUCCCGCGCUCGUGAAAUUGUUUGAUGAUAUAAUUUUUGCUCCCGCUUACUUUGGAACGAUCGGGUUGGAGUUGGGUGUAACCGGAGCGGACAUGCAACGAUGGAAGCUUAACUACAAACUACUGGUCCAGAAAACGUUACAGAAUGAGGUCAAUUACGUCCAGGAUCGGGACGGAUUUACGGUGACGGAAUGGAAAAGACCGCUAUUGCGGCGCAGCUGGCCAUACAGUCCGCUUUAUCUUAUGGUGGACAAGCUGGAGAAAGGUACCGCAAAGCUGGAACUUCUGACCGAGACAGCCAUCAUCGGUACAGGGUUGCGAUUCCCGGAGCUCGUUGAAGCGGUCGGCAUUUCGAUUACCAGCCCGACCGAACGGUUGAUGUACCUGAUGGCUGCCUUCCUUGGGCCGGACUCAAAAUUUCUCGAACCGGAUCUAUCGGUGCUGAUUGAACGACGGCUCGCCGCCCUCCGUACGGUGACCAAAGGUGACAAUGCGUUUGAUUUCGAAAGGGCAAAAAUUGAAGAUCGUAAAAGCUACUACGGGCUGUACCAGUUGGCGCUGGAUACGUUCCAAAGCUCCAGCUACGGUCACAGUGGGUUCGGGUGUCUUUUGAUGGCUCCGUUAGCACAAAAGUACGAUGUCCGCUGGCGCAAUAUGGUGUGGUCGGAGUAUGUUGCCGUGCUACGAUUUAUCACCUGCGAAGAACACGAGCUGUUUGGCGAGAUGGUGCAGUACCUGGAACCGGUAGAGAGUGACAUCGUGCUGUUACGUUCUUAUGGACAGGCGCUCAACUCGAACCUGCUGCGACCCGGAUCGAUACCGCAUCGGGUCGCUCAUCACCACCUACAGGCGUAUCGUGCGAAGGUGAAAGUGAUGCCGGUUUCGAGCGCGGGACAAGAAGGAUAA